AUGUCGGCAACAAUGCUGCGCACCAGCGCUCUCCGAUCGAUCCCGCGUUCCUUUGCUACCUCCGUUCAAGCUACCGCCCCACGGACGAGUGUCCUCAACAGUACCCUAAGAGCUUCCCUAAAGACCUCUGCUCGUCCAGCUCGGGCUUCUCGUAUCCUUGCUGUUACAGCUUUCCAGCCCCUGCCAAAAGCCCUUGUGCGGCACGCGCACAAUGCCCACCUGUACGACGUCGACAAGGCAGAGAAAUCCCUCCAUGAAAGGGUCUUGCAGCCGAUCCCAGAACAGGUAUCCCUGGAAUCGUCAACUCGACACGUCGCUGGGGAGGUUCAGAGCAAGGCCGCCGAUGACGAAGAUGUGGAUAUGAUGGCCGGUAUUCGAAGUGACUUUAACACAAUUAAGGAGACAUUCAGUCUGGCGUCCGUACCGCGCGAAGCCAUGUACGUCGGCCUGGCCGGUGUGGUUCCGUACCUCUUGACUUCUCUCACCACCGUCUAUCUUUCAUUCGACAUUCAGUACGCAGCGAACCACGGCCAGGGCUUUUUGAUGUCUGGCGAGUUGGCCGAGUCGCUACUCCACAUUAUCGAGCCAGUUCAGCUUGGCUACGGUGCUUCGAUCAUCUCGUUCCUUGGUGCCAUCCACUGGGGUCUGGAAUGGGCCGGAUACGGUGGCUUCAAAGGCUAUCCCAGAUACUCCAUGGGUAUCGUGGCUACAGCCGUGGCAUGGCCUACUCUCCUUCUCUCCGCCGAGGUCGGUUUGAUCACCCAGUUCCUCGCCUUUACCUUCUUGUAUUACAACGAUGCAAGAGCUUCUGCCCGCGGCUGGGCUCCCCCGUGGUACGGAGUCUACCGCUUCGUUCUUACCUUUAUCGUCGGCGCCAGUAUUGUGGCUUCGUUAAUUGGACGCGGCCAAAUCGCCGAUCUGGUUACCCGCCCUCCUGGACCUGCCGAUAAAUACAGAGAACUUCGGGCCAAGCAGAUGGCUGAUAUUGGACCCGAGCCAGAGGGAGAGGAAGAGGAAGAGGGCGAGGAGGAAGACGACGACGAGUAG